AUGUCUGAUGGUACUGUGGAAAUCAUCCCAAUUACUUUCCCAUAUGAACUAGAAGCUCAUAUCACUCCUGAUAUAUCCUUACAAAAACAUCUUUCACUAGGCUUAAGACCAGACUUAAGAAAGCCAGAGGAAUUUAGAAGUGUUAAUAGCGUUAACAAUUUAGUAUCCAGAUAUUCAGAUAACGAAAAAUUUUCUUCAACUACAACAAACAAUAUUUUGGGAUCUAAUGUUUUAAAAUGCGGAAAUACGACUAUUUUAACCACCAUUACUGGCUCAAUCGUCGAAGAAAAUCAAACAACUGAUGAAGAUGAUUUAUUACACACCUUAGAAGAAGAAUCGAUCGAGAAAGAGCGUCAGAGGAAACAAAUAUAUAAGUAUUUACCAGUUUAUCCUCAAGUUGAGAUUCAACGAGGCCAAAAAUUCCGUGGCCCAUCUUUAGAAGACAUGACCACAUCCUACAAAUUAUAUGAAAAUAUUUUACACUCAGGUAUUAUAAACAAAGAAGCUUUAAGGAUUAAGUGUGGUGUUCGUAUAAAUUGUGUCAAUGAACAAGGUAAAGAAGAACUAAAAAUUAUCUACCCAGAUGAAAAUAACUUAUCUUCAACAGAUUUACAGAAUGUACAAUUUCCAGAAAAGAAAAGAUGGUCUUAUAUCUUAUACGCAAAAAUUGUUGUAUUAGGCUGUACUGGACCAGCAUUUGACCAUUGCUGGAAUUCUUUGAUAUAUGCUCUACAAUCAACAAGAUUACCAAGAGCCUUUAUUGAUGAACGUGGUGUUAAUCUAAAGAUGAAUAUUAGAACUCAUGGUAGAAGUGUUACAAUUAGAGAAACUUAUGAUUUAUUAUGUGAUUCAACAAAGUCCAUCAAAUUAAAUAUUAAUGAUUCUGCAAUUGGAUUUUCUUCAAAUUUUGGUAUAUUAAGUAUGGAUCCUGUCCUAUCAAUGGAUGAUGAUGAAGAUGAUGAAAAAAUAAAACAGAAUGUAGAAGCUCCAAACGCUAUUCUUUUAGCUGAUUUAGAUACUUCAAUGGAAGAAGAAAAUAUACGAUCUACAAUGUGUAUUAUUAGAAAUGAUUCUGAAUCAUUGAAACACGUCAAUCUAUCUGGUGGGGAUGCCAAAAUAUCACUGGAGAUACUUAAAAAAGCUUUAUUGUUAUCUAAGUUAAGAUCUAAGGAUCUUUCUGCUGUUGGCAGUAGCAAAAAUUAA